AUCUGUGCAUUCGUGAUGUGAUGGGCGAUGGAGGAAAGUGAUUCGUACAUGCAAUUUUGUCGAAUAUUACGAAAGAAAUAUGCUUAGUGAAAAUUCAUUUAAAUAUACAUUUGUUAAAGAUUUCUGGGAAAGUGUGUUCCGGUAGGCUUGUUGAUUUGUGAAAACAAAAUGCAAAGUAUUUAUCUGUGAUCUAUUAUAAUCAUGAGUACGAUGAAGAACACAAAUCCAUCGUCUUCGAAAGUGGCUUUGUUAAGCCACAUUAAAUACGAGCACCUGGUAGCUGGUAUAUCGGGUGGCGUUACGUCUACGCUGAUUCUACACCCUUUGGACCUCAUUAAAAUUAGAUUUGCUGUGAAUGACGGCCGGACCGCCACAGUGCCGAGGUACGACGGGCUCAGCAGCGCAUUCGUGACCAUAGUGAAGAAAGAGGGAGUUAAGGGCCUGUACAGAGGGGUCACGCCCAACGUGUGGGGCUCCGGUUCCGCAUGGGGAUUCUAUUUCUUAUUCUACAACGCCAUAAAAACAUGGAUCCAAGGCGGCAACGCGCGCAAUCCGCUCGGGCCCGGCAUGCAUAUGCUGGCCGCCGCCGAGGCCGGAGUCCUGUCCCUCGUCAUGACCAACCCCAUCUGGGUGGUGAAGACGAGACUCUGCCUGCAGUACAGUGAAGAACAUGUCGCUGACAAUAAGAGAUACAAGGGGAUGGUGGAUGGACUGUGCAAGAUUUAUAGGACUGAGGGGGUUAGGGGAUUAUAUCGGGGCUUCGUACCUGGCAUGUUCGGCGUGUCGCACGGCGCUCUGCAGUUCAUGACCUACGAGGAGAUGAAGAACCGUUACAAUCAGUACAGGAACCUGCCCAUUGACAUUAAACUGACGUCAGUGGAGUACCUGACGUUCGCGGCGGUGUCGAAGCUGCUCGCGGCGGGCGCCACGUACCCGUACCAGGUGGUGCGCGCGCGGCUGCAGGACCAGCGCGCCGCCUACCGCGGCGCCUGGCACUGCGUCACCGAGACCUGGAGACUCGAAGGCUGGCGCGGAUUCUACAAGGGGCUUCAGCCGAACCUCGUCCGAGUGGUGCCGGCCACCAUGAUCACGUUCCUCACCUACGAGAACGUGUCGCACUACAUGCUGCGUCGCGGACGGGAGCUUACUCUACCUUCCUAAAUGUACGAACUGACUGGACGCUCAACGUCAACGGCGUACUCGCAAGUCGUAGGCGUCCAAUCUUGUGAGUGUGGUGAUCGAUCACCACUCAUGUUUCUCUAUAAAUCCUCUAAGGCAUGAAGGCUGGCGCGGAUUCUACAAGGGGCUUCAGCCGAACAUCGCCCGAGUAGUGCCGGCCACCAUGGCCACGUUCCUUACCUACGAGAACGUGUCGCACUACAUGCUGCGCCGCGGACGGGAGCUCACUCUACCUUCAUAAAUGUACGAACUGACUGGACGCUCAACGUCAACGGCGUACUCGCAGGUCGUAGGCGUCCAACUUGUGAGCGUGGCGAUCGAUCACCACUCAUGUUUCUCUAUAAAUCCUCUAGACUCGAAGGCUGGCGUGGUUUCUACAAGGGGCUUCAGCCGAACCUCGUCCGAGUGGUCCCGGCAACAUGGUCACGUUCCUCACCUACGAGACUCACUACUAUGUACAUGCUUCGCCGCGGACGGGAGUUUACUCUACUUUAAAUGUACGAACUGACUGGACGCUCAACGUCAACGGCGUACUCGUAGGGCUGCGUCUGGUGUACAACUGUAGAAAAAAGGUGUGGCGAUCGAUAGACAAUAGAUGUCGCGACGAACGGAAAGUCUAAUGCUCAACAACUUUCAGCUAAUAUUAUAACCUGAUUAACCGGAAUACUAUUUUCAACUCCUGGUAAUAUUAGUUGUAAAUUGUUGAGCAAUACACUUUUCGGCAGUCGCGACACACGUGACAUCUAGUAUCGAGUAGCAGUACUGAUAAUUCCGCUACUUGACGCUACAUGUCGACUACAAUAAUAAUAGGCGUUUUGGUAACAAAGCUGAUGUAUGGAGUGAGCACUGUAUGCUUACUUAUUCCUCUAUGCUAAUAUGGAUUGUUUUGAAAUGGUUUCGUGUUUUAGAAUCCUGAUGGUCCCCGAAUUUACUGGCAAUGAAAUAUGCAUUUAAAAUCUUAAAUAUUAUUAUAGCGUAAUUUAUAAAAUAAGUAUUCAUUCAUUACCUCUUAUCACCGUCGAAAAUAUCCUAUAUUUUCAAGACUUGACAUUUACGUUUAUGUAGUGUUAUUAAGCUAAUGUGACGGUUAAAACUCACGUGUUUUUACUUUUAGUCACUCGCGCGAUGUUUCGGAGAGCCUAGGUCUCCUGUAUUUUUUCAAGCACCAACUACCAUCGUAACGUUACUCGCACUGUUAGUGCUUGAAAAAGGAGACCUAGGCUUUCCGAAACAUGUCGAGCGAGUGACUAAACACGUGAUUUUAAACCGUCACAUCAGCUUAAUGUUAGUAGGUAUGCCUCACGACAGUUUUAAUUCGAUUAGGUAGUGUUAGUUCCAUCCAAAUAUCACAAAUUAAUUGUACAAAACUUAGGUAGUUUAAUUGCAAAUCUGGCUGUGUUUUUGUUCCUCAGUUUUAACAGAGCCGCUUCCUUAGUGUUGGCAAAAAGAAUAGAUAGUAUAGAGGGGUCCUGUUUGUAAAUUUUGUAGUCACUGUAAAUUUACUGCCAUCUAUCGACACACGACUAAAACUCAAAAUGAAAACGUAUAAAGUUAUCAAAAAAUGUAUAUACAUGGAUAAAUGAUUUUAUUAUUUUUAUAUCAUUUUGAUCCAUGUUCAUUCACUGAUAUCUAUGUGUUAAAAUUGUUAAAUAUGAAACGGUGUCGUCACGCCAUCUAGCCGAGGAUAGGCUAAAGGUGUGUGCGGCAUCUAUUCGAGAAUGACUUUUACUUGAAUUCCGAGGCACGUUUUUUCCUUAGACUUUAUUCGUCUUAUACGAAGUUACACAUGUCUUUGGUGUUGGUAAGAAAUUAAGUCUAAGGGGUUUAAGUUACUUACGGCGUUAUGUAUAAACGCUACAAGCCUCAGUUAGCUAUAGACCUUUUUACUGUCACUACCGUUUUGUAUUUCACGCAAAAGUAGAUCUUAUUGGAAUGUACGUUGGUUUAAUUUUAAUUGUGAAUGCCGACUGUGGCGGUCAAAUGGGAUAUAUCAUCAUAAGCUUUGUGUAUGACGACGAUGGCGCCGCUUGCGUCACUUGACAAUUACACAGGUGGCAUUAAUGAAUAUUGGGCUACAUAACUUUUACAGUACCUACUACUCUGCUAUACUACUCUGCUAUCAAUUUAAGUUCCCCUACUAUCAGGUACUUUGGUCAUAGGGACAUACGUAGCCAUUUUUAUUUCAUUUUAAGAAUUAGUUUAUACUCUUGGUUUAUUUUGUAUGGAAGUGAGUAAGGUUUUCAUUUUCACCAAAGUAGAAUAGUACAUUUCCAUGUAUCAAGUUAUUGUUUUUACAAAUUUCAAGUGAUGUGUAGUUUUAUUAGUAAGCAUGAUUUUAUUGAAAUA